CAUUCCCCCCUCUCUAUCCUCUCACUCAGUCACUCUCCCUCAAUCUGUAAAUUUUUUUUUUCGAGAGUUCUCUUUCUUCCCGUAUCCAUUUCUCAAUCUGUGGUUUGUCCUCUGUUUUAAGAGUUUUGUGGCUAUGCUGUUGACCACAUAAUAAAUGGAAACGAAGACCAUGGGAGGAGAAGAUGAGAACAUCAAAAAGAUCCGAUCGGUAGUGGGUACUGAAUUUCCGGAACCAGACAUUCUCCGACCACUCUCACAAUCCGGCAACGACCCAGAUGCGGCCAUCAACCACAUCAUCGGCACAACUCCGAUCACCGUUAAACGGACGGUUACCAGCACUGGCGCUCGAAUUUCUACCCAGGUUAAGCAAGAGAACAGUGAAGAGUUAGGAGAUGAAUCGGUACACGAGUCGAAGCCAAAGAUCAGAGUAAAAGAGGAAUCUGAUAUGGGUUUUGAGGUUAAAGACUCUGUAAAGGAUGAAUCUGGGUGUUUAGUUUGCAUUCAGAAAUCGGUACCCAGAAUAUCCUUUGAUGAGUUUCUUCAGGCGACGAACACCAAAGUUAUGACCGAUGAUGAAUAUCUCAAGACCCAGAUUGAGCAGGAGAGGCCAAAAGAAUCAGAAGAAGCUCAAUCGAUUAUUGAGUCGAAGCCGGAUGUGAAUGUGAAGGAGGAACCUGAUAUGAUUAUUGAGAAGGUGCCUGAAAACGGAGAAGUAGUGGGUUCAGAUAGUCUUCAAUCAACUGAGACUAAAGUUGUCUCCAAUGAUGAAUGUGCAAAGAUCCGGAUUGAACAGGACAGGCCAAACGAAUCAGAAGCAGCUCAAUCCAAUCAUGGUUCGAAGCCAGAUGUGAAUGUGAAGGAAGAACCUGAUGUGAGUACGGAGAAGAAGGUGCCUGUAAAGGAACAAUUAAUGGGUUCGGAUAGUCUUCAAUCAACUGAGACUAAAGUUGUCUCCAAUGAUGAAUGUGCAAAGAGCCAGAUUGUUAAACAAGAGAGCCCUAAAGAGUUAGGCGCCGAAUCUUGUUGUGGGUCGAAGGAAGAAUCCUAUGAGGAGUUUAGGAAGAGGAAAAAGGAGGAGUUGAAUCGCAGGAGGGAAGAAGAAAUGGAGGCCGCCAGACGCAAUUUGCUUAGAUCCUCCUCAAGUGUGAAGAAAGAAAGAGUCGAAGAUAAGAGGCUUAGCACAGUUGUGAUAGAGGAUGGAGAUUUUCCAGAAGAAAAGGACUGGUUGUUGGUGGGCAGGAAUGUUGUUACCGGGCUUUCGACUACCAGGGGAAGGAAACUGGAAGACAAUGAGAUAGUCCAUUUUGCUUUUCCUUCUGGGGAUUCAAGAAGUAGACACAGUUCACAGUGGGUGAGUGCAAAGGCUGCUGCAACGUCUGGGAUUGUUCGCUUCUCAACCAAACGAUCCGGCGAGAUUGGUCGUCUUCCUAUGGAGUGGGCAAAAUGCCUCAUCCCACUUGUAAAUUCUUCCAAGGUUAAAGUUCUUGGUCGAUGCGUGGCAGCGCCAUUAAGUCUUCAGUUGAUGCAAGAGAUAAUGUUGUAUUUAAGCUUUUAUAUUCACCGUUCAAUUUUCACUGAGGGGGACGACAAGUCAUCUUGGAGGCUAGAUGCCCCCUCAUUCAUUGACUCCACGGUUUAUCCUUUGCUAACUCUGUUCAAGUUGCUGAAUGUUGAACCAUUUCAAAAGGCUGAAUUCACCCCAGAUGAACUUAACUCUCGCAAACGAAUGCUGAAUCUAGACGGUGAUUCAAAUGAAGCUGCAUCAAUGCUUCCUAUAUUGAAGCGAAGAAAGGGUUGCCAGCAGUAUCCUGAACAAAACAAAGAUGAACAAGCUGUCUCAGAAUCAUCUUUGAAUAAGCUUGUUGGUGCAGUAGAUACCUACAACUUGGAGGAGAUGGAGCCCCCUGCAACCCUUAUGUGUGAUUUAAGGCCAUACCAGAAGCAGGCUCUCUACUGGAUGUCAGAAUUAGAGAAGGGAACAGAUGUUGAGGAAGCAGAAAAAACUCUUCAUCCAUGCUGGGCCGCCCAUCGCAUAUGUGAUGGGAGGGCUUCUGCAAUUUAUGUGAAUGUUUUCUCUGGGGAAGCGACUACUCAAUUUCCAACUGCAACACAGAUGGCAAGAGGGGGAAUUUUGGCUGACGCAAUGGGGUUAGGGAAAACUGUGAUGACAAUUGCCCUAAUUCUUGCAAGACUAGGCAGGGGAAAGGAUUCUGAUACAGAAAGCCCACAAAAAGUAAAGGGUGGCUCUCUCAUUAUUUGUCCCAUGACUUUGCUUGGCCAAUGGAAGGAUGAGCUUGAUACUCAUUCAAAGCCAGAAAGUAUAUCAGUUUUUAUUCACUAUGGUGGGGAUCGAACCAAUGAUGCCAAGGUGAUCGCAAAAAAUGAUGUCGUUGUAACGACAUACGGUGUCUUGACUUCAUGUUAUAAAAGUGAUGGGGAGAACAGCAUCUUUCACAGAAUUGAGUGGCAUCGGGUGGUGCUAGAUGAAGCUCAUACUAUCAAAUCCUCAAAAACCUUAGCUGCUCAGGCUGCUUAUUCAUUAUCCUCACACUGCCGGUGGUGUCUCACGGGCACGCCUCUUCAGAAUAAUUUGGAAGACCUCUACAGCCUGCUAUGCUUCUUGCAUGUUGAGCCAUGGUGCAACUGGGCAUGGUGGAGCAAAUUGAUUCAGAGGCCUCAUGAGAGUGGUGAUCAGAGAGGCUUGAAAUUGAUUAAAGCUAUUUUGAGGCCGUUGAUGCUGAGGAGAACUAAGGAUACAAAGGACAAACAAGGAAGGCCCAUUCUUUUCCUCCCACCGACAGACAUCCAAGUCAUUGAGUGCAAACAGUCAGAAGCUGAACGUGAUUUUUAUGAUGCCCUCUUCAGAAGAUCGAAAGUCCAGUUUGACCAAUUUGUGGCACAAGGCAAAGUUCUUCACAACUAUGCAAAUAUUCUUGAGCUGCUACUUAGACUAAGGCAGUGUUGCAACCACCCAUUUCUAGUUAUGAGCCGAAGUGAUUCACAAGAAUAUUCGGACCUGAGCAAGCUUGCUAGAAGGUUCCUUGAGAUUAAUCCUGAUUCUGCCACUUCAGGUCAGAAAGUCCCUAGUCAAGCAUACAUCGAAGAGGUUGUUGAGGGCCUCAGGCGAGGUGAAAACACAGAGUGUCCUAUAUGCCUGGAGUUUGCAGAUGACCCCGUGCUCACUCCAUGUGCACAUCGGAUGUGCAGGGAGUGUCUUCUCUCCAGCUGGCGGACCCCUUCCACUGGGCUUUGCCCAAUAUGCAGGCAGCUGCUGAAGAAAGCAGACCUCAUUACUUGCCCAUCUGAAAACCGGUUCAGAAUUGAUGUUGUAAAUAAUUGGAAGGAGUCUUCUAAGGUUACAAAGCUCCUUGAUUGCUUGGAAAGUAUACGUCGAUCAGGUUCUGGUGAGAAGAGCAUUGUUUUCAGCCAGUGGACUUCAUUCUUUGAUCUCUUGGAGAUUCCAUUGAGGAAGAAAGGAGUUGGGUUCUUAAGGUUUGAUGGUAGACUGACGCAGAAACAGAGGGAGAGGGUUUUAAAGGAGUUUAGUGAGACCAGAGAGAAAAUGGUAUUGUUGAUGUCAUUGAAAGCAGGUGGUGUGGGCUUGAAUUUGACUGCAGCUUGUAAUGUCUUCCUUAUGGAUCCAUGGUGGAAUCCUGCAGUAGAGGAGCAAGCCAUAAUGCGAAUUCAUCGGAUUGGACAAAAGCGAAAAGUUACCGUUAGAAGAUUUAUUGUCAUGGACACGGUCGAGGAGCGCAUGCAGCAAGUUCAGGCGAGGAAGGAGCGGAUGAUAGCCGGAGCCCUCACUGAUCAAGAAGUUCGAUCAGCUCGGCUCGAGGAGCUUAAAAUGCUCUUCAGAUAAAAUUUUUAAUUAUGAAAUAUGCAAAUGUAUGUAUAUAUAUGUUAUGGAAGUAAUUAGAGAGCAUGCUGUAGAGGGUUUUUUUUUUUUUUUUUUGUAUAGGCUGAUGACCCUCAAGUUUUGCAAAUUUUGGCAUUACUUUGCAUUGUUGAUUUACUUUGUUAUCUUCUUGUAAUGUCUUUCCAGAUUAAUUUAGCAGGUUCAACAUCAUGUAUUUUUGGUAGAGUGCAUAAAAUCUCUUUGAACCAUUAGCAAGCAUGCAAA